UGUGCUGGUACAGCUAGCUACUCACAGACGGUCGACAAGACAUGUCCUGGCCGAAUGACUACUCACCCACCCCCACCACGCCCCUUUGUGCUAUCUAUCUACAUCGCUGCUGGCACCCUCCUCGCGAUGACCGCUACGUCCGACUCGCCAACCCUCUCGAAGCGCACGGUGAAGCCUGCGGGGAAAGGGACUGAAGGCCGAUCGACGGCACCUGAGAUACCGUUGCGGAUGCCGUCGUUGACGGCGCCUUCCUCGAUCUCUAUCUUGAUCUCCUGAAUCCCCGGCAGCUUCGCCAGCGACCGCACCGUCUGCUCCACGAACAGCCGGCCAGACAGAGGGGGAACUGCACACACGCACCAACGAACGAAUGCACGCACACGCACGCGCGCGCGACACAUGAAUGAAGAUAGAUGAUCAGCUGUAGGUGUUUCCUUAAUUACCGUUAGGCUUGAUGUGAAAGGAUUCGAUGUUUGGCAGACCUGCGACGUCCUGGUCGCUCCACUGCACCACCGCGUUGCCCCUGGACGGAUCCAUGACCCCUGCAAGCUUCCCCUUGUGCAGGUGCCCUGCAAGCAUCCGCAGCACGUGGAGCGCAUCGUCGUGACGCACGCCAUAGCGGCCAGCAGCCAGACGGAGGUUCUUGAGCGACAGCAUCCUCUUGGCGACGGCUGGUAUGGGUUCGUGACGAUCUGCCGGGCGGCUAACAAUGAGCGUGGUUGCGUUGGGGAAUGCGUCGGGGGCCAGGUAGUUGUCUGGAUCGAUUGGGUGAGCCUGACCCGCCCCCGCCGGAACGGCCCCCCCGCGCCUCAAUUCGCGCCUCUGCAAGACCACGGCCUUCGCCGAGCGGAAGUGGAGCUGCUUGGCGAACUCACUGGCGGCCGGGGAGAGGGCGGGAGAGGGGUGCACGACCACAGCGGGUGCAAUGCUUGCGAUCUUCUUGACCCACUCCUUCAU